AGCUGCACUAAAUGAUCGUAUCCUUUUUGGCUUUGAAACUUUUGUACCUAAAAAUCGAGGGAGGCGCUGCAUUUUUUCAGGCAGAAACUGUCAAAACUUGGAGAAGGGGAACCUCGGAGGCAGGCAGGACCAGAGGAGAAUCCUUAAACUCCGUGGGGUUGGGAAGAUGCUGUGCCUCGAGGAUUAGUUUAAACAGGGGGGUUAUAAAAGAUGUAACAGAUGCAAACUGUAACACAAGGGCCAUUAACCCCUUCUCUGCCGCCCAGCACGCCCAGUCCCUAUGCCCCGCACCUAUUGUCUCCCGUGCUACAAGCUUUGCGGAAAACCUGGAAACUUUGGCCAGAAAUGGUGAGAAGAAAAAGCAUGAAGAAGCCGCGAAGUGUGGGGAAGAAAAAGGUGGAAGCGAAGAAACAGCUCCGGGAGCGAACUGUACAAAACCUCGCCAAGAGUAUCGGGAGGCAGGACCGUUAUUCCUGCGGAGCAGGGGAGAGAAGAGAGACCCUGAAACACGCGCCACCUAUCUUUGUGGGGAGGGAUAAUUGAAGCGCCCUGAGCGUGAGCAUCAUGUGAAAACGUGAUCGCCAAGUUUCUCUCUGGGAAAGGAUCUGGGAUAGAUUAUACCUUGAAGUCUCCGCAAACGCUUUAGUGGAAGAAAUGAAAUUCCACCUCCCUCCCUUCCUCUCUCUCUCCCUCUCGCCUCCCUCCCUCCCUUCUCCACGCCCCCCCCACCCCCCAGCCUUUGGCAUCAUUAUCCUCAUCACUAAAUCCUGCAGAGUACUGGGCGGAAAGCGGUGCACACCAUUCACAGAACUGGAGAACUCCAAGGGGCGAAAGUUAAAGGGAAAGAUCCCGGGUGCUCAAUCCAGAUCGCUCUUCUUAUAUAGAUACCUCUAAUUACUAGGUUUGAGGCACACAUCAAGUUGUCUGGAUACCUCAGCACUGUUUUUUGGAACUAAAUUCUUGCCCUUUCUCUUACUAUUAUUUUUUAGAUGUCAGAGGUAGGGUAGGAGAAUCUUACUUGUGAACUGCAUCUUAGUGUGUGUGUGUGUGUGUGUGUGUGUGUGUGUGUGUGUGUGUGAUUUUCUGAACUGGAUCCCUACAUUAAAAGUACUUUGCAUUUUAAUAAAGGGUCUCUAAAUUAACAUAGAGCACUGGGUUGAUCAAUCUGUGGAUCUCUCUACUUCUCAGGAAGACCUCACAACAAAGUGAGGGUGAAUGGGGAGGCAGGAGGAAAAAGGAGAAAGGCCACAGAAGAGCCUAGGAAGGAAGGGAGAGAACAAUAUCAAACCGCAUGGGGUCUAAGUUUUGGAGUAUAUAUUUUUUGAUAUUGCAAUUAAAGUAAAAUGAAAAAGAAAGACUCCACCUUUGCUCUGAAGGGAUUGGUUAUGCAAAUAUGGAAGGGAUUUCCUGGAGAAUACAGCUUUCUACUGUAUGGUUAAUUAAAUAAUCACUCAAAA